GAAAAAAGAAAAUGAAUCUAAAGGAAAAGAUUAAAGAAAAUAAAAAAUGAUAACUGCAAGUACAACAACAACAGCACCUGUUCAUAACCAGAUUUGGCGGAUAAAAGAAAUUCUACUUGUACUCCACGCUCGAAAUAUAUUCCAAGUCUAAAAAAAUAUUCAAAAAUUUUAAACAAAAAAUUUCUUCGUUGUUUAACCGAAAAAUAGCAAACUUAUCAAAAUGGCUAUGGAAUGGAUAACGGCUAUGGACAAGAGACCUUGUGACCGUAAUCUAAGAGAUGUUGAAUUAAUAUCGUGUCGUUUACGUCGUGUAGAGCCAUUAUGUCGUCUGCCUAGUUCGGCAUUACAACAAUUGGCCAUGUGCGGCUUUUAUGAGGAUCUUGAAAAGGGCGUUACAUUGUUUCGUGCUGGGGAACAAGGUCGUUUUUGGUAUGCUGUCUUGGGUGGCUCACUUGAAGUACGUUAUCAUGCUACCGAUACCGAUGGCAAAUCACCGGUAACGCUAUGUAAUUUGGGUGUUGGUGCAACAUUUGGUGAAUCAAUAUUGCAUGAUUUGCCACGCGAUAGUACGGUUGUUACAAAAACAACUUGCGAACUGCUACGUGUUGAGCAACAAGAUUUUCGUCUUAUUUGGGAGAAAAACAAAGAAUUGAUGAAUGAUAUUAUCAACAGCUGCAAAUUGAAAAACGGUUUCGGUCCAAGUGUCUCAGCAACGAAUACAUCACCCACCAAGCGACCCUUAAGCCCCGAUCAUCCGAAUCCGGCUUUACCUAUAACAGAGUCACCCAGUCCUGCUAUGAAUCGCAUGGGAUGGGCUUUGCGAACAUUACUUGUUGCUGAUAAUUCAAGUUGCCUAAAGGAUAGAAAAGUUUCCGGUAAACUUAUACGCAAAUGUGCGCCCGGCACAGAGUUUGUAGAUUGGCUCGUAAAUCUAUCACCCAUUGUGCAUACAAGAGCCCAAGCGGCGGGCAUGUGGCAGGCUUUACUCGAGGAAGGCAUAUUAUCACAUGUUAACAAGGAACAACCAUUUAAGGAUAAAUGUUUUUUGUAUCGAUUUCGCGUCGAUGAAGACGGCACCGCUGGUACACCAUCAACUGAAGACAUAAAUGCAGCCAACGAGCAGAUACGUGAAUCCUUAAGUGCUCUAUUCCAACGCGGCCCAGAUGCUACGUUACGCAUGAUUUUACGUAAACCCUCCCAUGAGCGUACAACCGAAGAGCUUGAAUUAGUGUUUGAAGAGCUUUUGCAUAUCGCGGCCCUGUCACAUUUAUCAACCAGCAUCAAACGUGAAUUGUCUUCAAUAAUUGUAUUUGAAUCACAUGCUCAAGCGGGAACCAUAUUAUUUAGUCAAGGUGACGAAGGACGUUCAUGGUACAUAAUACUCAAAGGAUCUGUGGAUGUUGUUAUACAUGGCAAAGGUACGGUGGCCACACUCAAGAGCGGUGAUGAUUUCGGUAAACUGGCUUUAAUUAAUGAUGCACCCAGAGCUGCCACAAUUGUAUUAAAGGAAAAUAACUGUCAUCUGUUGCGUGUGGAUAAAGAACAUUUUAAUCGUAUAUUACGUGAUGUGGAAGCAAAUACUUUAAGAUUACAAGAGCACGGUAAAGAUGUUUUAGUGUUGGAACGUGUGGCCAAACAAAGAGGACAACAUUCUGCUUUCAAAUACACUGUCAUGUCGGGUACUCCCGCUAAAAUGCUUGAACAUUUACUUGAAACUAGAUUGGGCAACCAAGUCGGUGGUGUUGAUCCAUUCUUAGAUGAUUUCCUAUUAACGCACAUAGUAUUUAUGCCAGUGGUUCAAUUGGUCGAUGAAUUAGCCAAUUAUUUUCAUUGUGAUGUCAGCGAUGGCGCACAAACACCCGAGGAACGUGAAUACAUAAUGAAUUUUAAGAAACGAGUCAUACAAUUUAUGCAAAAAUGGGUAAUGGCGGUACGUCAUGCUGCCUUCGAUGAGCCGAGUGUCUGUGAUUUUAUUGAGGAUUUGGCCGCCGAAGUUGAAGCGGAUCCUGAACUGCACGAGGAGACCAGUAUUAUACAUAAUAUAUUAACGCAAAUGUCACGCUAUCAAGAUGAUCGUAAUCAAAAUACUGGACAAAAAUGGAAAUUACCACCCAAUGGUCAACCAAUUUGUCUAUUUAGCGGUAAUAUGACGCCAUCGAAAACAGUUAUAAGGCCAGAUGAUGAUAUUAUAUUUCGUGUCUAUUGCGCUGACCACACUUAUUGCACUCUACGUUUUCCUCUGCAUACGACCGCGGAAAUAAUAAAAGCCUGUGCGGCCGAUAAAUUGCAAUUGAAUCGUGGUCCUGAAGAUUUAUGCUUGGUUGAAAUCAAAUCGAAUGGUGAACGUUCAGUUUUCAAGGAUAAUGAUGUUAGCAUACCCACUGGCUUAAGUCUCAAUGGACGUCUCUUUGUCUCGACCAAAGAUCAUUUAGAUGCUUUGACUCCUUUACCCGAACAAGAGGGAGCUACGGAAGCUCCAGAAGUGGAUGUCGAAAUUUUCAGUACCAAAGAGUUGGCCUAUUAUAUAACAAUUUUUGAUUGGGAUCUUUUCUGGGCAGUACACGAAUACGAGCUAUUGUAUCAUACAUUUGGUCGACAUCAUUUCGGAAAACCAGGUUAUCGCGUGGUAAGUUUAUAUAAAUUAAUCAAAGGAAUGCUUCAAUUCAAUCGAAAAAGAACAUUUUAUAAAGUUUUCAUUUUAUCAUAAAUGUGUGCGUUAAUCUUAUAAGAUUUCUUCUUCCAUGUGAGUUAAGAGUUGAAAGCUAUUUUUAUGAAAUUAUUAUCAAACAAAGUUCAAAAUUCGUCUACUCGUUACUUGAUUGAUACUGAUAUUAUGUUUUCUAUUUUUAUUCAUAUUAAAGUCAAACACACACAUCUAUGCAUACAUCCUAUAUCUAUCAUUCAUAAAAAAAAUUAAUUUUAAAUACAUGAGAAAAUUUUAGAUUUUUUUUUAUAUAUAUAAAUGUUCUCAUCGAUCGAAGUUGAAAAGAUUAUGGAAUGUAUGUUAACCGCCAUAGAUAUUUAUAGCUGCGCUCAUCGAAGUUCAAAAGAUUACGGAAUGUAUGUUGUACGCCAUAGAAUUUAUUACGAAAAAUAAAUAUACAAGUGCUGCGUAAAGUUGCCUUUAUGCAAAUUAUUUUGCCAACUAUGCCGAAAUAUAAUGCUAUAGGUCUUGCGCUUUGCAUUUUAAAUAGUCGAAAGUAUUUAUGCGAAUUUAAAUUUUUGGAAACAUCAUCAUAGACCAUGCGGAAGUAGAGAUAUAUCAGCAAUUAUCAAUCGAUCAAACAAUUUCAAAAAACCUAUGAAUGCCAACGAAAGUUGUGCACAAUGAAAGUGAUCGAAAUUCUUGCUUCUGCUUAAAAAAUGAAAAAAUAUAUAAACAAAUUGAAAAUAACUUUUUUAUCGAUUGCCAAAUUUAAAAACUGAAUUAUCAUGUGGCGGACCUUACACCACUCAACAGUCAUUCAUAUAUCGACUUUGCGAAGCAAGAUCACAUGGGAAGUGGUGGAAAAAGUCAUCCGAUCCGCACAAUUUUCAAUAGCGUUCGUCCUUUGGUCAUUUCGGCUAAAUUUCAUCAAAGUAUGGCAAAAAUUGCAUCCUACAAGUUGAAGAAAUAUAUUUACAUCACGCAAAAAAAUGUCGCCAGCUGUCCUCUUCAAAUCUUACAAUUCCUAGGUAUCAUCAUUUCUAUGUCCGUGUACCACUUGCUAGCAAUGCUAGCUCCUACUGAGAUAAAUAUCGAUUCGAUAACAGCUGAUGAGGGUAAAUUUGAAAAAAUAAGACCAAUAACUCGUUUCAAUGACAAUCGCUCAACACCAGUCCAACGGACACUCAAACUGUAACCGCCUUCAUAAAAUAAGACCUACUGAUGUGGAACACUUGAAUAAAUUGUUUUUGCAUGUGGCACCAUCUGAUCAUGGACUCUCUCUCUCUCUCUAGACGAGCAAAGGGAGAUAGAAGCUAAAACACAGAGAGCCAUGAAGCCUGUUCCGUCAAAAGAUAUACAGAUUAAGGGUGUAGGCCAUGAUGAAAACAACUGUAGUUCUAGAAAUAUAUGUAAAAUUCCAGGCUGCAAAUGAUUUUCACGGACUGAGUGCAUCAAAUGCAAGGUUGCUUUGUCUCACAAUAAAAAUCGCGAUUGCGUUGCUGUACUUCAUUCAUACAUAAAAUCAAAAUUUCUAUAAUAGUAAAGGAUAUAAAUACAUAACUGUUUAUUUGCGUCCACAAUAAUUGUAGUAAUAAACG